AUGCAGGGCUCAGCAUCCUAUCCUGCUGCCCUCGGGAGCAGCAAAUGGAUCGCGAGCUUCCUAGCUAGGAACCGAUAUGACGAUGGCAUCUACGUCCGUACUUCUACCAGAGCUUCUUCGCCGCAAGAAGUCAAAUUCCGUGAUUUUGUCAAGAAGAGUAAAGCAGAGUUGAGAAAUGUAUUCUCUGCGAAUGAAAAGAAAAGGUCCGAGGCGGGAGUCGAUGGUAUGGAACUGAAUACUUUGUUUACCUAUUUGCCUCAACUGACCUUUGCUCUUCCAGAACUACGCAACGCAAACGAAGCCAGCCCAGAACGGAAGAACAACAAACUAUCCUGGGGAAAACUGUUCGACACAAAGUCAGGAAACAAGCUUCAUAAGCGGGCAAAGUCCGCUCCGAGUAACAACCAUGUCCCACAUCAGCUUGAUCCCAUCACUGAAGCCGGUGAAAGUAGCGAGACACAAGCCAAUCUCGUAUCUGCCAACACUUCAUCACGAAGGCCUGUUGGCGAGAGCCCUCUGUGCUCUGGUGCUCUUCAAACCAACGGCGACGACGUGUCUGUGAUGACAACAUGCACAACUAUAAUCCAGCAGGCUAACCUUGAGGGCGUCUCUGAAGGCAACGCCCAUGAUGCCACUACAAACGAUGAAUGUAUCGUCAUCGGCGGACGAAACUGCACAUCCAACCCAUCCACGCAUCUCAGCAGUGGAAACUCGAGUACCACUGAAGACGAAUGUCCUUCUCGAAGCGAAAGCGACAACACAUCAGAUUGUUAUGGAGCCACAAUGGCACGUUACGAGCUUCUUAAGUCUCAAAGAGAGUACUUUGAAAAGAAUGUUCGACCGGAAGAGAAUGCUCAACAGAAGGAGACUGCUCGACAGGAGGAUAAUGUUCUACAGACCGAGAACCCUGGGCAGGAACACACAAACAACAACGAUCUCACGAGUAAAUCGUCGUCAAAGUACUCAUUGAGAUCUGUCUUGAGUAUGUUGAUGGGGAGCGACAAGUCUGAUGAAGAACCAAAACCCAAUGGUGAUGGAAUCAGAAAGUUGAACCACAAGAGUCGACUGCCUCCUCGAUGGAGAACAUUCCUGGUCUGGACGUCCAAGUCUGAGUCUUCUGCCAAGAGCAAUCCCCAAUCCUCCUCGCAGAAUAUCAGCCAGAGUGAUGCGCAACUUGCCAAUCAAAUUGCCGAACAGGAUCGAACAUUCAAGGGCCUUGAUUGGAAGCUUCCAGCUGCGAAAAAUGAAAUGGGCCAGCUUAUUCGAGAGUUCUCUGGCGACCUUAACACUACCACGCAGGAAAUGGGUUGUAGGGCCCCUGUAUCCCCAAGGACUCCAAGUCUCCAUUCAUACCCGUCCAAGUUUGAUGUUUCGAUGGAUCAAAAUCUCCCCCCUCGGCCUGCAAUGACCCCGGUCCCAUAUCCUGACAACCAAGACCAUAACCAACAAAUGCGCGAUGAGUCCACUAGCCGAGACGCUCUGGUUGCGAAGCAAGUUCACAUGGAAAACAAGCAGGCGCAGCUUGUUGAGAUCGAGACUCGAUCUAACCAAACCAUGAACCAAGAUGCUCGUGGUAACGCCAAACAGAAUCAAGUUCCGCAAGAAACAGUUGAGCGUGAUACCACGAAUGACGUCCACCCACCCCGGACCUGGCAGCACGGAGGUGACCCUACAGAGGUCGAGACUGUCGAAGAGGCAUAUGCCCGCCACCGAAGCUCUCUUGCAGUUGUUGAUCGAAUUCGUAGCAUAGGGCUGCUUGGACCAAAUGCAUAUGGAACGGAAUCGAUCGCCGCAGACGAACCCAAAGAGUUGGACGAACAGCGAUUGCUCCGAGAGAUGACCGAAGACUUUGAGCUUCCACCCAAUCGGGUCGUCUCCAACGAAUCUUCAACCGCUGCGACAAACAACUCGCAAGUCAUCCCGAGUAUCGAGCAUCAGGAUACCAAUCUUGGAUGCGAGGGGCAGAAGACCCCAGAACCAAAUGCUGAGCAAAACGACGAUGCCAGCAACCAAACCGAGUUGAUCCUGACAAGAGCAAGAAGCUCGGACAGAUUCUAUUACGCCGCCACUGAUGACAUGGGAUCCGACGUACGAGGAUUUGAGGGGGAUGAAGAAGAAAUCCCGGAGGACUUUACUCCGGGACAGCCAGCCACGGAGGCUUUGAUCAAGGAGCUCCGGAUAGAGAGACUCGGCGGAUUCUUCACAACCCUUGAGAACGUCCGGAGCGAAAGCCCCGAGAGAUUGAUCGCUGCCCGCGAUCCUAAAGCUGUGUUCACUUGGAGAGAUGAAAUCGCCGAGUUGACCUCGAACGGCGGCGGGAUGAUUCGUGACGGCAGAGCAGAACAGCUGUACGAACAAGCUCUCUCAACUAAAGGGAGUGACGGAGAAUUGUCUGCCAUGGCUUACAAGCCAAGUCGAGCUGAGGUUGAAGCAGCUCUCGGGCACCCAGAAGCGCCCGUCAUUCAGGGUUGUCAGCCACAAGAGUUUUUCACCGAGUGCGAGCGUAUCAAGGAAUCUAUUCACAUAGAUUCCCUGGCAAAGGACAAAUACAUCGCCCAAAUGCAACCGGCUAUGUCCCGAAACGAAAUCAUCUUCGCUGAGUGGGAUCGAGCGGAUGCAGUAGCCUGCAUGCACAAGCACAACCAGCAGCAGAGGCUCAAGGAACAAGAGCAAGAGAGCGAAGAAGCCGCUCGUCGCCGACGUCUCAAGAUCUACCGAGCUGUCGAAAGAAAUAUUAUCGAGGGCCGGCGCCUUGCGGUCAAAAUCAAUCGCGAGGCGACCGCCGCCUUUCAGAUGUGCGAGUACUUGGACGAAGACUACGAGAGGAUGAGGGAGCAAAUCCUCCAAUGUGCCGAAGAAUGUGGCCAUGAGCCCACUGACAACCUGCAACAUGCCGUCGAGCUCAUCCGAAAAACGCAGCAGGAAGAACAAAUCACCUACCGCAAGUAUGAGGGCUUCGAGUCUGCUGAUGUUGAGAGUCCCGAAUCCGAGAUGGCUGCUCGCUAUGGUCGCGAUUAUCAAGACAUCGCUGGUAACCAUGUCGACAUGACGGUUGAUCCAACCAACGAGUUCUUUUGA